CCCUUUCCUCCGUGACACGCACACCCAAAAUGCCCUCGGAAGAGACAAAGGAAAGGAUCAUUAAGGCGGUAGAGCUUGGACGCACCGUCGUCCACUAUGGCUGGAUUCCUUUCAUCAUCUACAUUGGCUACACGAGGAGUAACCCGCAGCCAUCACUGAUCAAGUAUGUGGUUCUGCUACCAUUUCUUCCAGCGGUAGAGCUGACUCUCGCGCAGGUUGAUUAGUCCCCUUGCAUGAUCCUGAGCCUACGUCUGUACACCUAAUUCAUUGUUUGUCCUCGCUAUCUUUGCAAGCCGGAUCAUACGUCUGAGUGAAAACAAGCUCUUGGGAAUGGUCGGCUACGAUGCAAACGGAAAACGUCGCACUAUGGCAAUGCGAAGGAUAGCAGAGCAACGCACUGAGCGAUAGCAAAUUAUGGACA